AUGCCGUCUCCGCCAGUCAAUUACAUGUCGCCGCCGCCGCCGCAAGCGGCGGCACCCGCGCCGUCGCCGGAAGCGGGGGUGAGCGCGGCGGUAGUGGCGGGCGCGGUGGCGGGGGGAGCGCUGUUGCUGGUGACGCUGGUGGUGGGGCUGCUGUGCUUCUUCUAUUUCGUAGUUAAUCGGCGGGAGGAGGAGGAAGAGCGAUACCCGCGCGGCAGCACGUCCGACUUCUACGCGCUGAAAGGCAACGGCAUGUACGGAGAGAGCUUCUACACCACAGCAUCCGGCCAGGGAGGGUCGGGUUACCCUAUGUUACCACCGCCCAACCCAUAUGCGGUGGUCCCUAUCGGUUCCCACAUGAUGCUCCCCCCAGACGACCCUUCCGCCGGUUCCGCCUCUGCUUCCGCCGCCGCCGCCGCUGCCACGGGGAUGGGCAUGGGGAUGGGGAUGGGGGCGGUUGCAGCAGGCGCGGGGGGCGCAGGCGCGAGCAGCAGGGGGCAGGAUAACCAGCAGAAUCAAAUGCAUUCGCAAUCCUGGUUUUCUUAUGCGGAGCUAGAGCAGGCAACUGGGGGAUUCGCGCGCACGAAUCUUCUAGGGGAGGGAGGGUUUGGGAAGGUGUACAAAGGGGUGGUGAGGGAUGGGAAGGAAGUUGCGGUGAAGGUGCUGACGAUUGGGGGAGGGCAGGGGGAGAAGGAGUUUAGGGCGGAAGUGGAGAUUAUUAGUAGGGUGCACCAUAGGUAUCUGGUGACGCUGCUGGGGUACUGCAUAGGAGGCGAUCAGCGGCUGUUGGUGUAUGAAUUCGUGCCGAAUGGGACUUUGGACGAAGCGUUGCAUGGCAAGAACGCGCCAGUGAUGAGCUGGGCUUUAAGAAUGAAGGUGGCCAUAGGAGCGGCUAAAGGGCUGGCCUACCUGCACGAGGACUGCCAUCCGCGCAUCAUUCAUCGCGAUAUCAAGUCGUCCAACAUCCUGCUCGACCAGCAGUACGAGGCACAGGUGGCGGACUUCGGACUGGCCAAGCUGGCGACUGAAGGAGCCACUCACGUGUCGACACGUGUCAUGGGGACGUUCGGGUACCUGGCACCAGAGUACGCCAUGAGUGGCAAGCUCACAGACAAGUCGGACGUGUUUUCUUUCGGGGUGGUGCUGCUGGAGCUCGUCACGGGCCGCAAACCCGUGGACACGACACAGCCGCCUGGCAAGGAGAGCCUAGUGGAAUGGUCCCGCCCGCUGCUAGCGAGCAACCAGGUGGACGUGCUGGUGGAUGCGCGGCUAGAAGGGCAGUAUGACGAGGAGGAGAUGGAGCGGGCGAUUGCCACGGCUGCUCUCUGUGUUCGGCACUCCGCCAACCUACGACCCAAGAUGGGGCAGGUUGUUCGGCUGUUGGAGGGCAGUGGCAGUGUGAACGACAUGCGGACGGCAUCAGCACCGGGGCAGAGCACCAUGUUCAACGACCACCCCUUCGGAGGCCCCACUCAGGACUUUGAUUCCGCCAUGUAUUCCGCUGAGAUGCGCCAACAGUACAUGAUGCCACAUCAGCAGUCGCUGACUCAUCAGUCCUCGUCGCUGACUCAUCAGCAGUCGUUUGAGCAUCAGGAGCAGUACGGGGGAGAGAGCGGGUAUGGUACGGACAAUGGGUUUGAAGGUGGCUACGCCGGUGGUUCGGCGGUGGGUGGUUCGGCGAUGGGAGGUUCGGCGGCGGGAGGUCCGGCGAGUGGAAGGGGGUUCGUGCCUGGAAGCAGCCGCUUUGUGGGCCAGCCUUUGGAAACGAUUCCUUCCAACCCCAACAGCGCCGAGUUCACUGACAGAAGCAGAGAGCAGUACUGA